AUGGAGGACGAUUACUUUUCAAUCGACGCGAUUUUGGCUGAGAAUCAGAGAGUUGGAUGUCGAUUCAAAGUCGACAUCCCGGACAUGGGUCAUCUUGGUGGUGGCGCUGACCGCGAUAUCAAGAAGGGCACCAAUUUACAGCUGCCCAUCUGGUUGAUCUACACAGUAAUAUUAUCGGACUGGGCAGACAUGAUUAUGCCACCAGCGUUUGGGGCCAAAGUGAGGAAUGCACUCAACGCUGAACCCUGCAGCGUGCGUCUCUCUGGUCUUGUCGGUGCAGGAGGGUUGUGGUAUGGCUUUGGAAAGACCAUCAUGGAAUUACUCGAUAACAAGGCAGACAUGUCGCAGUUGAUGACGAAUACGUUUCGGCAACGGCUGAUACAAGUAAUUGACCAGGCUCAACAUUUCAGCACGCUCGCCCAGACUGCAGGAGAUGGCGCUCAGUCGUUCCGCGAAGGACUAGACGGCACGGAACGCGAAUGUGAGUAUAAUCAAGAAGUUAAGGAUACGACACACUGA